AUGCCUGUCACACUGUCCGUUCCCACCCUGACGCUCAGCGCCGCCCAGGCCGCCGCGCGCGCCUGCGAAGCCAAGGCCAAAGAAAUCGGCGUGCCCAUGAACAUUGCCGUCGUCGACUCCGGCCUCCACCUCCUCCAGUUCUCUCGCAUGGACGGCGCAAAGCUCACCUCAAUUGACAUCGCUAUCAACAAGGCCUUCACCGCAUCCGGCCAUCGCCUGCCCACCUCGGCCUACAAGGACGCCGUGUGGCCCGGUGGCGUUGCCUUCGGUAUCAACAACUCAAACGGCGGAAAGUUCACCACUAUCGGCGGAGGUGUACCGGUCAAGACUCCCAAUGGAGAAAUCCUGGGCGCAAUUGGCUGCAGCACUGGCACACCCGCCCAGGACGAGGAGGUUGCGAAGGCGGGAAUAGACGCCCUGGAGAAGUUGCUGAAGGAAGAGGGCAAGUUCAAGGCGAAGCUGUAA